AUAAACUUGGAUGGGAGGUGAGGCAGUCGCAGCGAUGCAUCAGAACGAGCAUACGAGAUGCAAGAAGGCUUGAUGAUGCAUCACGACAGAUGCUUUUUUUGAUUCUUUUCGUCUACAUCCCGAUGCGUGACAGGCGGCGGUUGUGCGCUUGUGGAGGGCAAAGAUGCUAUCCUCUGUAGCUCAUGUGCUCUAUGGGGCAUUGGAGAAGGUUAUCGGGUAGGGUCGUCCGAGAUUUCCGAUGGGGAUGGACCGGCGGGCCGCACCGUCGCACGCCGUGAGGUCAUGCUUGAGAGGAUUGGAGAAGAGAAAAAAUGUGCUGGCCUUGUGGAGCGCAACCUGCACUGAUGCAUUAUUUUCAACGGGGGUUGGAUAUCAUUGUCUGCGGCGGUGGAAGAGCGAACCCUUGGAGCGAGCGGAGAGGCUCUUGAGGCUUGUGCUGCCAGCUCUGAUGAUGAUGGCUAUCGCGAGACAAAACUUUCAUCCACCGCGGAGGAUGCUCCCCAGUGGGUCACGACCAGGGCAAUCAACAUCUCAGUCUCUUUCUUCGAUCAAAGCAAGCAAGAAUGUUGCAUCGACAGGCAAGGGACGACGUCAGGUGCGUUUCACCAACAGCACAAAUCCCUUCUUCUACUGCAAGACGAGACGGCCUAUGGAAAGGGUGACGGUAACCUUUUCUUUCGUCCGAUGCCGAGGAGGACAUGUCGAGUCUCUGGCCCAAAUGUCCAUCCGCCAAGAUGACGUCGGGCUUAGAUCAAGCGGGAGAAAGCACGAGGGGUCAGGAAAGCAGAUUUUGCACAUGGCCGCCUCAACGAGACGCUGUGGGGGAGGUUGAACAAAGAAGGGGUGAAUGCGAUCGGGUGUCUUGUCGCAUCUGUGUUCAUGCGCCGAUCUAGAGAGGUUUGAAUCUCCCACG